CCUAAAAAAAAAAACAAAAAAAAACAGAAAUAAGCCUUGGCUGCUGUACCAGCACCUGGCCAUCCGUGGCGCGGUGGGCGUCAUCUGGGGAGUGACAGCGCGGGGGCCGCGGAAGCGCGAGGCUUUUCUCUCGCGAGGAACGACGCCGUUAUCGGAAUCCCUACAAACAACACGAGAAUUGCCCCUUCACACGGUGUGAAUGAUGUCUGAGGAAGAUCUGGAUGAAAUUGUGCAAAUAACAGUGGAGGAGUUUGGCCAACAAGACCAGACAGAAAUGAUGGAAAGUAAUGAUAAUGAAGAAAAGCCUCAGAGGAAGCGGAAGAAACUGAACAACAAUCAGGAGAACAGCAACACUUACCAAGAUAUAUGCCUCAUUAAGAACUUGUUGAUCUCCUUCAACUCAUCAAUCUGCCAGCGACUGGAUAACAUUGAGUCUAAGCUGCAGGCAGUGGAGGCCACCUGUAAGGCUCUUGGAUGCAAGUUGGACAGCAUGGUGCCGGGCCCUAAGAACCAGAAUCCUAUCCAGGUGCCCAUGAUAGCAGGAUCACCUCAAGGGGCCACUCAGACUUGGAACAAAGUGCGCUGUGUUGUUCCGCAAACAAAUGUGAUAGUUAGCAGUGAGCGACCAAAGGGGCCAAGCCAAGAGGACACUCCACUGGAAAACUUACUAAGCAAUGCGGUGAAUGCGCGGCGGCAGAACACCAUCUUGGUGAAGGUGCCAGGGCCUGAUGAGAGUCAAGAGGAUCAGGAAAGUGGCUCAGAGGCCAGUGACACUGUCUCCAAUAGUGGCAACGCUAGCAAUACACAAAACGGCCAUAAUGUCACCCUCAUCACUCUCAACUCAGAGGAAGACUACCCAGCAGGCACCUGGUUGGGGGAUGAAAACAACCCAGAAAUGCGUGUGCGUUGCCCAAUAUCACACGCCGAUAUGCUACAUAUCACUACCAAUUGUCGCACAGCAGAGAAGAUGGCUCUGACACUGCUGGACUAUCUUUUCCAUCGGGAGGUCCAAGCCAUGUCUAACCUCUCUGGGCAGGGCAAACAUGGAAAGAAGCAACUAGACCCACUCAUGAUCUAUGGUAUCCGAUGCCACCUAUUCUACAAAUUUGCCAUCACUGAGUCAGACUGGUAUCGCAUCAAGCAGAGCAUUGACUCCAAGUGUCGCACUGCCUGGAGACGCAAGCAGCGUGGCCAGAGCCUGGCUGUUAAGAGCUUCUCGAAACGUGCACCUCGCAGUUCAGACACAGAGGGGGGCGUUGGAGGAGAAACAGCCCAUAUUGAGGCUGCAACCCCACAGACUCUACACUAUGCCUUGGCCAAUCAACAGGUCCAGAUUCACCGUAUUGGCGAAGAUGGACAGGUGCAGGUGAUUCCACAGGGCCAGCUGCACAUCGCCCAGGUGCCACAAGGAGAAGAGGUGCAGAUCACGCAAGACAGCGAGGGAAACCUUCAGAUCCACCAGGUACACGUUGGUCAAGACGGACAGGUGCUGCGAGGGGCUCAGUUAAUAGCGGUGGCAUCUGAUGGGGCAGCCACAGCAGUAGAAGGGUCCUCCCUUCCUCCUGACAUCCAGGUGCAGUACGUCCAACUAGCCCCUGUUGCUGAUCACACUGCUGCAGUACAGACGGCAGAGCUGGCCCCAGCUCUGCAGGGGGACAUGGAGGUAAAGGAGGCCAUCCAGGGAGCCAUCCAGGGAGAGAGUGGGGAGGUGGUCCAGAUCGUCACCUCUGUGGCUACCUGAGAGCCCCGCCUAGCCUGGCUCAGCCCAGAGCCGUGCCCAGCAGCACGGGCGAAAAACAGCGCAAGAACUUGGCAGGUCAACAAAUCAGUACAGUCCACGAAGCCCAGACAGCCGUCGUACCAGCAGGCUUUUAAACACACGCAGAGAGUCCGCGAUCAUAUUCAGAAGAAGAUUCCAGCUGAACGUCUUCGUUCCACAACUGCCCCAUUCACUGGCAGCCAGCUUUGGGAACGUACACAGAGAACUUGAAAAGACCAUGAUGCUCCAGAGUCAACUGUGCUUCUUCUGGUGUUUUGAUUUGCCAGAGGGACAGGGCCCACCACAACAUACACAGUGGGAUUAAUCCCACCCACAGUGGAUGCUGCUGAGGCAGACCAUCACCCCACCACUUCAUCAGCGCACACACUUGUUUAUAUCAAGUUUGGAAAAUGCUUGAGUUAAGCUGCUUGGCUCUAAGUCCUAGCCCCCUAAGGGUUUUUUUAAAACCCCUUAAUCCCAUCUCAAACAACCAGUACUGUGCUUCUUUCCUAGCCAUUUCUUCCCAUGUUGCAGUGGAAAGUAGAUUUAGCUGAAGACAGCUAGUCUUGGUUGAGAUCGAUUUGAUUUCCUGUCUGUCCAUGAUUCAUUAUUGUGACUAUUUGUUUCUGCUUGGAGCCCUGCCACCUCUGUAUUUCUCUUGUGUGCAUACUGGCACAGCUACGUUUGCUCUUGUUUGAUUUAUUUAAUUGUAACUUGGUGAAAUUUGGGUUUUUUUUCAUGUCGACCGUUGAAUAGGUAAAACGAUGUCGGUAGAGAGUGUACGUUACUUGUGGAAUGCCAAGAAAACCUUUUGUUUUUGUUUUUGCCCUGCUCUGUCUCUGUAAAAGAUAAAGUCAUGUGAAUAAAAUAUUUUGUGGUUGCCAUAAAAGUGUUUUUGUUUUGGUUUGUUUCUAUAUUUUUCCCCUUCUUGCCAUAAACAAUGGUCAGCAAAAUGAGUUCAGAGACUUCAAGACAAGUCUUGU